UGGUCUGAGGGGAAAAAUUAGAGAAAAGGGGGAAAUGGGUUGGAUGAGGGGAAAGGGGGUGAAGUGGGCAGGUCUGAAGGCAAAUGGGGGGGCUCGAGGGGGGUUUGGGGGCUACGAGGCCUCUCAGUGGGUGAUUACGCGGGGUGAGGCACUUUUUUGGAGGGUUGCCAGCAGGACAGGGGGCUCCCAGUCACGUGACUGCCCCCCUUCCUCCCUUUCCUUCCUCCUCCCUCCUCCACCUCGUGGGGGGGGGGGUGGAAAGUCCGUCCCCCUGUUAUCGGGGAGACUGAGACCAAAGGUCACCGUCCAAGGAGACGGGGGGGGGUGACACAUCCUGCUCCUCCACCAGCCCUCCAGAACCCCUUGGACCCCGCCAGUUUGGAAGAGGAGAGCAGAUAAACAACUCGCCCCCAAAAAAACAACCCUCCCUGGCCGCCAUGAUGGAGGGUGCCCGGCAAAGGGGGGUGCCCCCUGUAAAAGGGGAGCACCCCCAAAAAGGAGGAGUGGGAGGAGAUGAAGAAGGUGGUGUUGCCUUGAAGAAGGAGAUUGGGCUGCUCAGCGCCUGUGGCGUCAUCGUGGGUAACAUCAUUGGCUCGGGGAUUUUCGUCUCCCCCCGGGGGGUCCUGGAGCAAACUGGGAGCGUUGGACUGUCCUUACUGGUCUGGGGGGGUGCAGGGGUGGUGACAGCAGGGGGGGCCCUGUGCUACGCCGAGCUGGGCCUGGCUGUCCCCCGCCCCGGGGGGGACUACGCCUACGUCAUGGAGGCCUUCGGGGGGCUCGUGGGGUUCCUGCGGCUGUGGCUGCUGGUGCUGGUGAUCUUCCCCACCACUCAGGCCGUCAUCGCCCUCACCUUUGCCUCCUACCUGCUGCACCCGUUCAGCCCCGCCCCCUGUCACAGUCCAGACCCCGCCCUGGACACCGCCCUGCGGCUGCUGGCAGCUGCCUGUGUGGUGCUGCUGACUGGGCUGAACUGGGCCAGUGUGGUGGGGGCCACCCGCCUGCAGGACGCCUGCGCUGCCGCCAAGCUGGGGGCCAUCGGCCUUGUCAUUGUCACUGGUCUCGUCCGCAUUGCACAAGGCAAGCACUUCUGGCUGGACCCGCCCCAGGCUUUCCCGGGGGAGGGCGUGGCUGGUGGGGCGUGGCCAGGGGCAGGGCCCUUGGCCUUGGCCUUUCUCCAGGGCUCCUUCGCAUAUGGGGGCUGGAACUUCCUCAACUACCUCACCGAUGAGCUCAUCGACCCCCCCCGGAACCUCCCCCGCGCCAUCUUUAUCUCCCUCCCCCUUGUCACCCUUGUCUACGUCCUGGCCAAUGUUGCCUACCUCACCGCCAUGUCACCUCAGGAGCUCCUCCAAUCACAGGCUGUUGCUGUGACAUUUGGGGAGAAGGCGCUGGGCAGGGCCUUGGCAUGGGUGAUGCCACUGGGUGUGGCCCUGGCCACCUUUGGGGGAGUCAACGGAUCCCUCUUCACCUGCUCUCGGUUGUUCUACGCGGGGGCGCGCGAGAGGCAGUUGCCGGCCCUGCUGGCCAUGAUCCACCUGGAGCGACGCACGCCCGGCCCCGCCCUCCUCGUCACAUGCUUGUCGACGCUGCUGAUGCUGGGCGCCGGUGAUGUCACAGCCCUCGUUAGCUACGUGGGGUUCGUUAACCACCUCUGGUACGGGGUGGCAGUGGCAGCGCUGCUGGUGCUGCGGAGGCGGGACCCCCACAAGCCACGACCCUUCCGGGUCCCCACAGUGCUGCCGGUGCUGUACCUGCUGCUGUGGGGGUGGCUGGGGGGGGCAGCACUGCUGCGGGAACCACUGCUCUGCGGGCUGGGGCUGGGAGUGUCGCUGCUCCCUGCCCCCCUCUACCUGCUGGCAAUGAGGGGCAAGGGGCCCCGGCUCCCUGCUCUGCGACGGGCCUGCGAUGCCGUGACCCAUUUUGGGCAGCGGCUCUUCCUGGUCGUCUACCCUCAACCUUCACCCCAGGGAGACGACCCCACGACCCACAGUGAUGACCUGACACCCCACGGUGACAACCCCAUGACCCACAGUGAUGACCCCGCACCCCACAGCAACCCAUGGCAACCACUGACCUCCCAGCCCCAUAGUUGAGCGGCCCCGUGGGGCUGCCUCUCCCCAGUGCCUUCCCCUGCCCCAUAGUGCAGCCCCACAGCUGCCCUGGUGCCUUAAUCCCCCUCCAGUCCUGCUAUAGGGCUGCCCCAUGGCAGAACAACCCCUGGCCCCAUGGAGGAGGGAAUUGGCUGGUGGGGUGGGGGUGGUGUCACCUGCGGUGGGCAGGGCUCCCAGAAAGCCCCACCCUCUCCAGGUAAGAACUUGCCCCAUAGCCUCACCCCUGCCCCAUAGAUCUGCCUCAUAGCCUUGCCUCUGCCCCAUAACCCUACCCCAGAGCCCCGCCCCCUUCCCCAUAGACCUUAACCACCCCCGCCCCCAUCUCCCCACAGAUCCGUGGGGCCCAGCUCAGGGAGUGCUGGUUCUGCUGUUUCCCCUCCACCCCUUCAUGCUUGGGUCCCCUUUCUGAGGACCCUGCGCUCAGGGUCAGAUGGUGUGGCCCCCACAUCCCCUCUGUGUUUUUCUGUAGGCCCUAUGUAAACAUUGGUCGAGGGGUUGGGUGUAGCAAUUUUUGUAGGUCCUAUGUAAAUAAAAGUCCUUGCAGUGAA